AUGUCCCCGGCAGUUCCAGCCGGAGCGCCACUCCAAAUCACUGAACCCUUUGUUCCUAUUCCAGAUGAUCUAAUCAGUGAAGAAUCUGACUUCCACGGCGACUCCGACUCGGCUUCAUACUACAGCAAGCUAGCUGCAAGCUUCAACCCCGCGAGAUACUGGGCCAUCCAUGACUGGAACACUCAGGUCAUCGCCGUUCGAGGCAAGAAGGCCUGGAAAGCGGCAGCGGAGCUGAAGGCGAAGAAGGACGCCGAAGAGAAAGGUAUUCGCCUCGAAGAUGCUGCCGAAGCCAAGCAUCGCGAUGCUCAGAGAGAUGUAAUGGCGCAAACCAAGCCAAAGAAAAUCGAGGACGAAGAAGCUAGAGCUAGCCCGUCACCCGCGCCCACAGCCUCGCCUACACCUUCGGCUUCUCCCGACCACAUGAAUCUCGACCCAAAUCCCUUGCCCGCCGCUCUGGAGAUGAAGAGGACGACGCAAGCAUCAGGACAUGGAGACCAGGAUGCCGAUAUGGUCGACACGAAGAUCAUGAGCUCUGACGAAAUUCCAGACGGUCCCAAUCCUCACCGGAACACGCCUCCUCGAAACUUCCACGAAGGCCGCUGGGCGGCAAAGCAGCUCUCGGAAUCAAUCGAAGACUUUUUAGCUCGACUGCCUCCAUCCACGACCACGCUCUCGACAGCCAAAGGGCCAUGGAUCUGGAUCGCCAAUCCGUACCCUCGCAAACACAAAACCUCCAACGGUGCGGGAAGUACAAAGGCCCGCGGAGACAGUGAGACCGGCGACACCGGCGACAUCCCGACAUUCAAGCAACUCGGUUCACGACUCCUCGACGCCUACCGCUCGCGCAAGAGCUCGUUGGAAUCCCAACACCCAGAGAAACCUCCAGGCAGCAUUACACGAAUGCUCGCUCCAGACCGAGUCACUUUAGAGUCGUCGAUCCUUGAGCUCGCAAAGUCCCAUCGCGUCACAUCGGGUAAAUGGAUGAUGUUUGUCCCUACUGACGACAUUGAUCGCGUCUGGGCCAUUGUGGCGCGAGGAGUCUGGGAAGGUAAAUUGGGCACGAGUGCCAAAGUCGCCGUAGCGACGGCGGGCGAAGAAGAAGAACAAGAAGGACAGGUUUCUCGCAGCAACCGCUACGGAGCGCAGCAGAACCAACGCCUUAUUUGCGUGUAUACCUAUGACUUCAGCGACCGGGUCGACGUCAAGCGUGUGCUUUUGGGCAUGAAAGAUUUGGGGUUGUUGAAUCCUCCUGCUCGGACGGUGGCGGCGGCGGAAAAGUAUGGAUUCGGCACGGCUGCUGCAAGAGGCAGGGGUAGAGGAGGCAGUAAUGGUCCGGUUCGAGCAUCAGGCCUCAUCACAAUCUACUACAAGUGCGACGCGUACACCUGGCUCGACAUUGCCAAUGGGAACGAAUUCAAGAUUAAGGCGAGUCUGUAUUGCUCCAAGGAUUUUUUGGAGUGA